CAAAUCCCCUCCCCAAAUCUACUCUUAAUAGAUUCAUUCAUUUCUUCUGCACCUCUCACCGCUUGCUCUCCCUCAGCUUUCGUUUCACAGUGUUUGCUCUCUUCAGUUGUGGAGACGGAGCAGCUGCGCGAAUUCAGACCUCUCUGGGCAAGAGCUCGAUGCGAUUUUUCCAUCCCCAACUUUUUGGAGAUACAUUUAACCACUUGUUUGUUAGCGCUUAGGUUUGUUUGUUUAUUUCAGCAUACGCCGGAUCUCGCAGAGACGGGGAGUUAUGCGCUGAUCAAACCAUCUGGUCGAUAUAAAAAAUUUAUCCUCGCUGCAGCUGAGCACGGGGAACCGGAGAGUGAAGGAUGGGUCUGGACGGAGCUGCCGCGCUCCAGGUGUGACCGAGCACCCCUCCUCCAGGCUCAGCGUGCCGCUCCGUCCCUGGAGACGGGCGAAACGGGGCUGCGUUCAAAGCCACGUCGUGGAGAUCGCGGAGGCCAGAGGGCCGUUCGCGUGGUCUGUGCAGGAGGGAGAGCUGUCCCGGGAUCGCCAGAGGUAGCGCUGGCGGUGUCUGGGCCAGCCCCUGCUGUGGCAGCCCUCAGCCAGGGCUUUACCAGCUUUUCCUGGGUAAAAGCAGUGCCUUUACUGCGUAUUUACCGCGGGGUAUCGCUGCAGUAUCUCCCCCGGGUUUUCCUCUCUCUCUCUUUUUACACAGAUUGCCUUGGGACACCCAUCGUGUACUCGCCAGUCAAAGCAGACCUAGCUGGAAAUAUCAAGAAAAUUCGAGCAGUUUAUGAAUCCAACCCUGCCAAGUUCAAAACGUUGCAGAACAUCCUGGAAGUGGAGAAGGAGAUGUACGGCUCAGCAUGGCCAAAGACAGGUGCAACACUGGCACUGAUGUGGUUGAAAAGGGGCCUGAAGUUCAUGCUAGUUUUGCUGCAGAGCAUCUCUGAUGGCGAGAGAGAUGAGGAGCACCCAAACCUCAUCAGAGUGAACGCCUUGAAAGCUUAUGAGAUGGCUCUGAAGAAAUACCAUGGCUGGAUGUUGCAGAAGCUCUUCACCGUGAGUGUUUGGUUUCUUCCGUACAAGUCGGAUUUGCUUAAGGCUUUAGAGAAGGGUAAAGAAGUAAAGGAGGAGGAGACCAUAGAGAAGAUUCGCCAGUUUCUGUCAAGGGUCACCCCCAUCCUGGAUGCAAUUUAUGAAAUGUAUACAAAAAUGAACGCAGAGCUGAACUACAAAGCCUAACGCUUGCACAGGACUUGUACAGCUGAGAAUACAGUGCAAUGAUUACUACCUACAUCUUAAUCACUGUGACAGCUAGGGCUCUUGCCGGUUGUCAGAUGAAUGAUUCUGGCCCGGAUCUGCAGUGGAUAGCCCGUUUUUAAAAGAAUAACUUUCUAUGGAGAAUAUGGCAAUAAAACAAUGAUAUCCCAAGUCA